UUCAUAGGAACCGGAGGACGUGGUGGAUACCCCUAACAAUUUAAAAGUAAGGGAUGCCCUUGAAAAAGUAUCUAAGGCCAUCUAUGAGACAUAUAUUGAUUUGUGGCUGAAAGCCCCAGGAGAGAUAGAGAAUCAUCCUCUCUAUAAACAAGUAAACAAUGGCAUAAUGGAUAUCUAUAAUAAUGCAAAACAAAAAAUGUGCCGUAUUGACAGCAGCAAACUAAUUCUAAUUGUAGCCAAUGGGUUAACUAAACAUUUACGGAGGUUCCGAAAAAACAAGAUCACCAACCACAGAAAGACGCGAGAAGAAGAGGUAAAUUUUCUGCGCGAGAAAACAAAAUUGCUUCUGAAUCAUUUGUUGCCGAAUUCAAUGAAAGAUUCAGUUCAUUUACUGCCCAUGUUUACUGAGAUCAUUGCCAUAAGUGUUUUAGAGACCACCAUAAACUAUUUGGCAGACCCUACAUUUAUCAAUCUAUCAAUAGUCAACUACCGUAGCAAUACGACAAAUGGGAUACAAGUACGUUCUAACCAGUCCACGGGGGAGUCUGAAAAUGAUAGCCCAUUAACUUCUUCUGACCAUAGCUUGGAGAUUGACUCUGGGGAACACAGUCCACAAACUGUGGGUAUCAGAAACAGAAAAAAAAAGAUUGAAAAAGGUGUGGAAUUUAGAUCUCUAAGCUUAAGGAGCGGCGAUUUGACUGAUGAUUCGGAAAAUUCCAGUGAAUCCGCAAGCUCAAGUGAUUCUGAACAUUCAUUAUGUAGUCUAUGCUGUCUGAAGUGGAAAGAGGAAAAAUGGCAUGCCACCAUCUUUGAGCUGAGAGACAAUCUAUUCAGAAUUCUGGUUACCAAAGAGGAUGGCGGACUGGUGCUCUGGCAUACUGAAAGAAGCAUUGAUGAUUUUUACACGCUGAUUGAGAACUGUCCUGAACUGGACAAAACACUGAUUCCAUCAACUGCACAAAAUCCAUCGGCAGGUACAGACACUCAGAAAAGUGAGAAUAUUGAAAAAGUGCGGCUGUGUGUUGCAUUACUAGUGAGCAAUAUUAAAGAAGAUGAAGAUGCAGAAGCAGCAUUCUUCUUAUCACCAUUCAAUUACAAUCAAAAAGAGAGAGAGCUAUUUGAAAGCAAUCUUUCAGGAGAGGAGCUCUUGGAUGAAAGCAGUUCUGAUACUUUAAGCAUACACAGUGAUGGCUCUUCUGAAAGCGAUGGAAUUGGCUACAGAGGAUUGAAAGCAAGAUGGUAUAAAAAAGGCAAAAAGGGAAAACGGUCACCCGCGACUAUUGGAAGUGAAGAGAGUCCUGAAACUGGAUUAAACAUUACGCACAAUCAUUCUCAAGAGGAACUGAAUAACGUAUCUGAAAGCCACUUACCGUAUAUGAGUUUUGAUGUUGUUGGUGGAAGUGACGUAAAUUCAAGAGAUCAAAAAAAACUAGAGAAACAAAGAAGGAAAACUAAAGAACAGCUCCAAAAUGAAGCUAAAAAGGCAUUGUUUGACUUGAUCAAUGAAAUCUGCACAGGUAUAUUUAAUACGAUCGCUGCAUUUUCUAUUUUAGAAUUUUCACAAUUCAGACAGAUAGGGAUACGGGAUUAAAAGCCAAAUAAACCAGGAAUUGGAAAACGCUAUAUAUAUAAUUUGUGGGAAGACAAAAAAACAAAACAAAAAAACACAAGUA